AAGAAGAUUUUAUUGAUAUAUCACUAGUGGAAACAAAACACAAAAUAAAACCAAUCCAUAAAUUCAAUUGAUGUUCAAUGGAAUCUUUAAGGGACAAUACAAACCCUUUACUUGAUUUGGAACGCUUGCAGAAGUUAAGUUACGAGCGUUCGAAAUUGUGGUCUGCUUUUCUUGAUAAUAUCCAUGAAUCUGAAAAUCUAUGUGAAAUACCUCUAAACGAUGUGGAAAAAUGUUUAGAAACCAUAUCUAAUGAUUAUAAUGACGAUGAUGAUGAUGAGUUGGCCUCAAUGGAAGAUGAGAACUAUGUUGAUAACAUUGACCCGGAGGUACUUCGAGAUAUUACAAAUUCGACACGUCUUUCAUUGAUGUUCAAUAGCACGAAAAAACUGGAAGAUGUUUCAACAAAUAAGGCGAGCCAUGACAUAAUCGAUAUGCUGAAUGAAACUUUGCCUGUUAUCAACGAACAUAAUCGUCAAAUGAAGGAAUCAGGAAUGGAUCGCAUACUCAGUACAUUUGAUUCCAAAAAGAUUGAGAAGGUGGGGGGUUGGUUAAAAAGGCACAACUCUUUGUGUGCUGCUGAUAUUCCAAAGACGGCGUCUAGCGAGAGAAGAGAUACGGCGCGUAUGAGAAAGAAUAAUUUGAUUGAACAUCUCCAUAGAGAACCGGCUUACAGAAACUGUAUUCCAGAGGAAGACACCGAAUCGGAUGAUUCUUUUGAUUCAGGUGAAACAGCUCGUUAUAUACGGUCUAGUAGAAUUGGAAGUGUUAAAAAUUCAGCGUCUACUACCAUGAUGAUAAAAACAUACAGAAUGUUCAAGAGCACUCGCCAAGCUUUGCGAGAUAAAUAUGCCUGUGUUCAAGAUGAGGAUGCUGAUUUGCAUUUAAAUGAGUUGAGACUUCGAAGAAGAUUGGCCAAAGAAUCAGCCAUGCUUUUUUACAAGGAUAAACAUUUUUCCAGUAAAGCUUAUGAGCCAUUGUACCCAUACUUCACUCCAACUCAUUCCCAACAUUUUCAAAGGCGCAAACUCUUUCGAAAACGUACUGCAAGUAACAGUUGCAGCACUAUGGAUGAAUCAUCUACGGAUUCCGAUGACUUGUAUCAGGAUGAAGGCGAAAGAAACUAUCAUCGUAGACAUCAUCAAGCUUGUUGCAAUCAACGCCAUUGCUCAGGAUUUGUCACUGGACAUCAUUUAACAACUUCUUCUAAACGCUCUCAAUAUUGCUUAUCAGAAAAGAUGUCUGUUCCAAGUCACGAUCAUAUGUACAGUUAUUUGAAAGCCCAUGCUCGCGCAAUACCAUCUACAAGUGGCAAGAAAAAACCUUUGAAGAGAUUGGACAACCGUCCCUGCAAACGAGAAUCUGAGUGUAAAUGUUGCAAUGAGAAAAGACUAUGCAAAGAGUACAAACAUUUGGCGGAUACAUCAACAGAAGAAUGGAUAGUUGAGAAUUGUUUUUCACCUACAAAGAAACCAAUGAUGACUUCAACGCAAUUAGAGAUUGUAAAUGAUGAUGGUCCAAAGCAAACUAUUGAUGUUGCUGGUCAAAAGCAAGCUAUUCAUAACCCAGUGGAUUGGGGUUAUGAAUCGGUCAAAAAAGAUCGGUCAAAAAAGACCGAAACUGAAGAAAUCAAGGCAGAUGAGUAUGGCAAGAAUAUACCAAAAUCAAAUGUCACCAAAAAAGUAAGAAAAUACACAAAGAAAAAAGAUGUUGUCCAAAAAGCGUCAGCUGAAGAUAGUUUCGAACGAGAACUUGAACUAGCUCUUAAGUUGUCCGAAGCUGAGUUCAAAAAGCAACAAAAAAAUAAGACUGCCGAAAACGAAAUGCAAAUGAAAAAGGAAGACGACUCAUUGCCGAAAGUGACAACUGAAAAGAAUUGCUCGACUUCUAGGAAAAAGGUUAAAAAUUUGGAUGACAACAAUAAUACUAAGGAUAAAAGGACCAUGGUAAAAAUUGGGAAAAAGAAAACGGAAAUAUUGCCAUCAAAAGCGAAAAGAAAGAACCAUUCGAAGGGCCUUAAAGGAAAACUGGAGCAGGAACAUAUAGACAACGAAAAUUUUCUUACAUUACCUACUACAAGGAUGGAUCAGAUGUGUGAAACGGAAAAUAUCGUUGACAAUUAUGAAUUAGAGGAGCUAGAGAACGCGAAAGAGAAAUCCGUUGUUAAAGAAAAUAAGAACUACAGUAUAGAUUUGCUUGAAAGUUCAAAUUCCAAAAACAAUUCAACAAUUUGUAAGUCUAAAUUGGGUCAACACAACACUAACGAAGAGAUUGAUUUCCAACAAGAGAAGUUAUCAAAAAGAAUUUCGCAUAUAAACAAAUCUACUACUUUAAGUCAUACAAAAAGCCGAAUUUCAGAAUGCGAAGGCUCGACUGAAGAUAGAGAAUCUCAAGAAAGAACUGUUGAAUCAAAGCUGGAACAUUGUAUUGAAGCUCCAAACAAAGGCACUAAAAAAGUGAAGCGCAAAGAGCUUGCAGAGAAAAAAGCUGGAAAGGAGCAUUUUGUCCCAAUGAAGGAGUACGAAGCUGAUCGCAGCAUCCAUAGGGGAAAUGUUGAUCGAAAUUUUGAAAACAAUUGUGAUGCAGUAGAAAUCAAGGGAAGAACAUUCGGAAAAAAAAUAAACAUGAGUUUAUCUAAAAAUCUGAAGCCUGUGGACAAAACCUCUAUAAAGGACACUAGGGCAUAUCAAAUAACACAGGAAAAUACGUUCUCAAAGGCAAAAGAGAACAAUGAGGACAAUCACUUAUGGCAUCAAGAUAAUGAAGAGCAUGAAAAUGGCCCAAGUUACUCUACAACUAGUUCCAUUGCGUUGUCUAAGAAGAAGAAAAAAGAACAGAACGAUUCGUUGAAUCUCAUAAAUGUAACAAAACAAACAGUUAAGGAGAAAAAAACUUCCUCAAAGAGACAAAGCUUUAAAACUAGCGAGAAAAAACUGUACACUUUAAGUUCUGAUGAUGAAUUUGAAGAAAAUAAAACAGAAAAAAGCAAAGAUUUUAGUUCUAACAACAAAAAGGAUUCAUACAGUGAAACGAAACAAAAGUUUGGUGGUCCCAAAAACCAAACAACCAAAAGACAAAUCACUGAAAAUGAUGAUGUGAUCUCGAAACGAAUUGCUUUAUACCCUGAUCAGGAUUCUUCUCGUACAAUCGAUAAGGAGGUAAUAGCAGACAAGGGAGAUGAGACUAUUAAAAAGAAACCAAAUGCUUCAAGCCCUAGUGAUGAGGAUAAUUUAAAGAAUAUUGUUUCCAAUGUUUCAUCAACCACAACCAUUCCAUAUUCUCCCGAAGUUAAUAGAACUCGCAUGGGCAUCACCCAAGAUCGCAGUGGACGAUAUAUGGUGGAAUGCGAGUCAAAAAGUGAAGCACUUGAGGAAAUCAAUUGCACUGUAGUCUCUUCGACUACUAAUACAGAGCUUUUGACAUCCUCAUCUUUAUGUCACACAAAUCAGCAAGACACAUUAAACGCAACUGUACAAAGAAGGAGAACCGACAAAAAGAAGGGCAUCCUUAUAUAUGCCCCGAAAAAUUCUAGCAUUGGACCAGAUCAACAACAAUUAACUAGAGACGAUGGAUUUUUCAAUAUAACCUUGGAACAUUUAAGCAAAGUCAUUGGCCAAAAACCUGCAGAAAAGUUUCUCAAAUAUUACAUAGGUCCUCUGCGUUUCAACAGCAAUUCAACCGUAUAUCUAAGACCGCCGACUUCAGGAGUGCAGGACACUAGUGUAGCUUCGACGUCUGAAAGUGAUGAUGAUGUGCUAGAUUAUGCCAACCGCUGUGGUGAUCUGUACGCUUCAUUUGGUGAAGGUAGAAAGUAAUGGGAGAAAAAUCUAUUACAAAAUGAUGUGUUGUUUUAAAUGAGCAUAUAGAAAUUGUCCUGUUUUUUACCAUUUAAUACAUAAUUUUAUACAUAUAAAAACAUAUUAUUAUUAUUAUAUAUAUUUUUUUAUCACAACAAAUUUUUAUUCCAUUUUAAUGUUUUGUUACUUUCAAAGAAAUAAAAAUUUCAUACAUA